AUGCGACGAUGUGUUGUCACUUCUCUAUUGCGCUUUCGAUAUAAUGGAGUCCUUAAGCCUGUUAGAGCUAUUUAUACAUCUGCCCUAAGGUCACAGGAAAAGGUGCAGAGAAGAACAACGAAUCCAAUCGUAGAAAGUCUGCGCUAUGAACGUAAAUCACCCAUAGAACAUAUUCUUCUCCGGCCGGAUACCUAUGUAGGAUCCACAGGUGUUGCGGAGCAUGCGGAUGCAUGGGUAGUGUCUGAAGAUAAUCAACGAAUGGUGCAGAAGAAAAUGUCCUACUCUCCUGCUUUACUGAAAAUUUUUGAUGAGAUUCUAGUAAAUGCAGCGGAUAAUAAGCAGAGAGAUCCUGAAAUGGAUCAGCUCUGCGUGAAUGUGGAUCGGUGGGUGAACCAGUAA